UUAUUUAUUUAUUCCCCACAGCCGAGGCCGGGUUUCCGCCCGCCGUGCAUGGGGCUGCGAGCGGCCACCGGUGGCUGGACUCUCGUGAGGGGAAGGAGGAGGAGGAGGAGGAGGAGGAGGAGAAAGAGCCCAAGCAGCCGCCACCAUCAUGUCGAGUCUCCACAAAUGCAGGAUUGCGGAAUUUCAAGACAUCCUUAGCGAACCCAACGUCCUGUUGCAGAAGCUGCGGGAAGUUUGCUUUAGCGGGAUUCCUUUUGAAAGUGGCUUGCGCUGUCUUUGCUGGAAGAUCCUUUUGAACUACCUCCCAGUGGAGAGAUCCUUAUGGAGCUCCUUAUUGAAGAAGCAGAGAGAAUUGUACGCCCAGUUCUUGAAGGAAAUGAUUAUACAGCCUGGGAUAGCCAAAGCUAACUUUGGAGUCUCCAGGGAAGAUGUGACCUUAGAGGAUCACCCGCUGAAUCCGAACCCGGAUAGCCGGUGGAACACCUACUUCAAGGACAAUGAAGUGUUGCUGCAGAUAGACAAGGACGUCAGGCGGCUGUACCCUGACAUGGCGUUCUUCCAGCGCCCGACCGAAUACCCCUGCCUGCUGAUCCUUGACCCCCAGAAUGAAUUCGAGACUCUUCGGAAGCGGGUGGAGCAGACCACGCUCAAGUCGCAGACGGUGGCACGGAACCGGAGCGGUGUCACCAACGUGAGUUCUCCUCUGAAAACGUCGGCGCCCAACUCACUCAACGAGUAUGAAAUUCUCCCCAACGGCUGCGAAGCCCACUGGGAGGUGGUCGAACGGAUCCUCUUCAUCUACGCGAAACUGAAUCCGGGGAUCGCUUACGUCCAAGGGAUGAAUGAAAUCGUCGGGCCGCUGUACUACACCUUCGCGACAGACCCCAACAGCGAAUGGAAAGAACACGCUGAAGCAGAUACUUUCUUCUGCUUCACUAACCUCAUGUCCGAGAUCAGAGAUAACUUCAUCAAGAGUUUGGAUGACUCCCAGUGCGGCAUCACCUACAAAAUGGAGAAGGUCUACUCCACCUUGAAAGAGAAAGACGUGGAGCUCUACAUGAAACUGCAAGAACAAAACAUCAGACCCCAGUUCUUCGCCUUCCGCUGGCUGACGCUGCUGCUCUCCCAAGAGUUUCUGCUGCCGGACGUCAUUCGCAUCUGGGACUCCCUCUUCGCUGACGACAACCGCUUCGACUUCCUGCUGCUCGUCUGUUGUGCCAUGUUGAUGCUCAUUCGAGAUCAAUUACUAGAAGGCGAUUUUACUCUAAACAUGCGACUUUUACAGGAUUAUCCCAUCUCUGAUGUUCACCAGAUUUUGAAGAAAGCAAAAGACCUUCAAGACUCCAAAUAGCUCCCCACGCCUCCUGGCAGGUAAACGACAAACUACCUAUUUCUCAAUCUUUACGGAACAGACAAUAACACGGGGCAUUACGGAAGCUGAUCCUUCUGCACUAAACCUUCUGGAAUACCCCUGGGAUGGGCCAAGGACUGGUGAAAUUUGACUGGAUGAAGAGAGAACUCACUUCUUUUUGCAACUUUCUUCAUGCGACUUCUUCUGCAAGUUGUUGCUGGAAUCGGCCUCCGCACGUUCGCCUCUUGUGUACGUUGUGGGGUGUUUUUCACCCCUGCCUAGUGGAUGAGGCUCUAACUCUCUCCCCUUCCAAGGGAAAGGAUAUAUAACAGACUGACUUUUCCACAAGCAAAGGCCUCACCCGGGUCACCUCUUAUCUGAUUUUUCCCUCCUCUCCUUUUUUGGAUACUGGCUAUGUUUGGACACUAGUCCUAACCAAGCAAAACAAAGCUUAGUUGAAUGAAUUUGGAUCUGCCUUAUCACCCACCGCCUUAGAGGAAGCACCCUGACUCUUCUGCUGUUGAGAGUUUGCAGGCCCAUCAACUGCUACUAGAACUAGUGCGAUAGCUCACCCACUGCCCUGGCAGCUGGAAAGGGACGCCGGUGGAAUAGACACGAUAUCUCUAGAUACAAAGGCAACGUGUUGUCUCUAGCUCCUUAAUUUGGGCUUUCUGGCAUCCCCACCCCAUCUUUCAUUGCGACUCCUCAAGGCGUGGGCAUAUGGAUUUGCAACCUACUCUUGCAAAUGGACUGCCGCAGAUUAACUCCGGGACACUUCUGAGCUUGUGGCAGAUUGCGGCGAAGUGCAGUCACCGAUUUUUCUUCGGGCGUAAAUAGGCACUGGUGACCCCUCACCGGUACCUAGUAUAUGUGGUGGGGGAUGUAAUAACAGCAGAAGAUGACCUACAGGACAUCCUCCCGAGGGUCUUUGGGAAAGAACGCCUCGCCCAGGAGGAAGGUAUAGAGCAGGGAUGACCAAUUUGUGGUCCUCCAGAACCCUCCUCAACCCUCACCAUUGGCUAUGCUGGCGCAAGUGGGCCUAAACAUCUGGAGAACGCACGUUGCCGCCCCCUGGUGUGGAGACUGAUGAAGGCAGAGCCCUCCAAGGGGAAACAACCAGGGGUUCUAGAGGCUGUUUGGGCAUUCGCCGAGGGGACGUUUCGAAAUGUUGUUGCGUGAUGUUCAUAAUCUUCUAUCUCCACGGGAUGAACCCACCUGCGCACCAAACUGUUUGAGCCACUGUCUAAAAAAAGCUUGCUUGGCCCAAAGUCUCUUCCUAGGCACCUGCUGCACAUCAUGGUUCCCCCCACCCCCUGUGUUUCCACCUCCCACACAUCAGUUCCUCCCGUUUUUUGUUUUAAUGAAAGUAAGAAAACACUUCCAGGUUCCUUCACCAAUAUGAACCUCUUUGUACCAAAAGAGCAAAUGCUCUUGAAAAACAAGCUGACACACAACAGCUUUGUAGCUUUCACGAGGUUUGAGAAAAGGCGGCCUCUCCUCGCCUCAUGUACCCCGGCAAUAUCGCUUCUUUCCCCAUCUUUAAACUGUUUCUGGGAUCGGUUCUCUAUUACUUGGGGAGUUUGGGUGCCCGUAUUGUCCUCGAAUGUAAUGGUAGGGAUGAGAACUUGGGUUUAGAUGUAGCGGUCUCUAGAAACUGGUUUAGAUGUAGCGGUCUCUAGAAACACCUUUCGAAUGUCAACACACCUGUGGAGCCUUUUUAUUUCUCCGUGAGAGGUGCUUUCCCUUCUCCAAAUAAAAAAGGGCCCACUUUUAAAUAGUGAAAGAGGGUGCCGUUUACUCUUUGAAAGGCAGCUGGCUGGAGUUCCUUCUCUCUGCUUUUGAUCGGGAGGAUGCUGAAAAGGUUAUGUCGUCUCCUGCCCCAAAUAUUGCUUUGAGACCAUACAUCCGGGGUGAGGAAUGAGUGGCCUUCCAGAUGUUCUUGGACUGCAGUUCCCAUAGUCCCAAACCAUUGACUCUGCUGCUUAGAACUGAUGGGGAUUGUAGUCCAUUACAUCUGUUGUCAAUCCUUUCAUUUCCCUCAUCAGCUCUUGUGUUUGUUCUAAAAGCCCCAGGGCGAACUAAGCUGUUGAAAACAUCACUCCUGAUCUGAAAUCUCGUGUGGGACAUUUCUCUCCAGGACUUGCUUUCCUGCAGAAGCAGAUGGAUAAGCAAGAACCCCAAAAACGUUUUGGCUAUUCUUCUCUUUUUCCUAUUGCAUAGUGCCUUGUGGCGUUCACGGGCUUUGCAAAGCCCAAAUGUUUCAUGGGUGCAAAAGGCCGUACUUUUAAAGAACGGUGUGCGAGGUUUCGUUUGAAAUUGCCGGAGCGCUGUCUCUCUCCCCGCCUUGCUUUAUAGCUUUUAAAGAGCUUCAUUACUGCUGUUUCUCAAAAGUUUUCCGUUUGGGGAAUCAAUUUACACUAGAUAAGAGCGCAGUAAUGACCUAAAAUUAAUGGCCACCACCCCUUAGAAACAACAUAUAGGAUUUCACAUCUUUAGUAGCAGGUGAUGAAAUAUCCUAGAAGGUAGAGAAUAGUCCUGUCUGAAACAACGGGGAAAUGGACAUUAUAUGGGUGUCUAACCACAAUUUUAAUUCCCUUUUAUACCAUCCUAGACAACUUAGGUCAAGGCCCUCUAUGUUUCCUGGGAGAUAUACAACCCCCAUGAUGCUGGAGGGUGGGUUUUGUUGCUCUCUGAGCUGUUACUGAGGGAUAAAGGAAUUUUAAUGUGUGGUUCCCAUUUUUGCAGGCAGACUCAGGUUUAACCCGAUGGGUACUUUUAGCUUGGCGAAAAGGCUCUUUUAUUGGACUCAAGAAUUGUUCAGAAUUCAGCCGACCAAUGGAAUAUAAGUGAACGUUCAGUAUGUAAAGGAAAGAUCUUUUAAAAUGCUGUUCUGUAGCACGGGGGAGAAAAAUCUAGCAAGUCUUUGUACGAAUUAUUCGAGGCGAAUACCUUGUUUUUGACUGGGGAACAAUUCCAGUAUCCUUAAGGCUUAGUGAACAUCUUUCAAGGCAACUCCCCGCCCCUUUUUUAAAAAUCCUAAGCGGCUUUGAGUGAAUGAACUCAGAAGAUUCAUUUCUAUUCCUUCUGUCUUGUGUGGGAAGCAACGUCCAAGCAAUGCUGUUUGGAGUUUGUAAAGAUACUUCUGUAGAUGUCUCGGGAAAUCAUAAAUCCCAUCACAUUUAGGAAGAUAGAAAGGCGUGUCUGUUUUGGGGGUGGGUUUUUUUGGUUUUUUUGCUGUUUGAGUGUGUCUGCUUUUUAGUUCUGCGUGCCGGUGGCAUUGCCGAACUUUUGUAUCAGAUCAGUUUCAUGUGGUUUUCUUUUAAGGUCCGCCUUGGUUUCUUGUCUGCGUGUUUCAAAACACCUUCCAUUUACCUAUCCUGCAGAAAUGAUUUUUCCUCCCCCUUCAGGGCACAAUCCUAUGCAGGUUUAAACAGGAAAAAAAAAUUCCUAAAACUGCUGACAGUGGCUGGACGUUUUCGGAUUGUGCCCUUUUACGUUUUAUUCAAUAUUUAGUUUUCACAAUAAUAAAACAGUCUGCCGAUAACUUUCAUACACGGAAGGCUGAGGGAGGGAGGCAUUGGCCAUGUUAUAGAAAUUAUGAUUUAACGAAAUGAAUAGCAACAUUGACUCAAAUGAGAAUUCACGGGCUGUCUGUUUGUAUGGAAAAUCUCAUAUUCAACGAAGAAAUGAUUGAUCGGAGCUAAAAGAUCUGCCUCUCCUUCGAUGAGGUAUAAAAGGAACAUUUUGUUUCUGUUUUUUGUUUUUGUUUUGAGAAAAGCUAAAAAGAUUCCUGGAUAUAUAUUUUUCCUCCAAGUGACAGAGUAAAGAAAAGUUGCCCUAAUGGGUUUAUUUUUUAUUUAUUUUUUUGGUCAGGUUUUGUUUUUCUGCACCAACUUCUUAAUUAUCCAGCUCAGAACUAAAUAAACACCCAGGCUGCAUCAACAACAGCGAUGCUGUGUUGUGGUUAAGAAAUUUGCCACAUUUCCAGUGUAAAAGAACACGGCAUUACUUCUGCACAGGAAGGUAACAAGGCUAUUUUUAAUUUGUUUCUCCGUGCUUCAGACCCCAAAGGUUCGGGUGUGUGUCCGUGUUUUGAACUUAUCCCAAUAUACACACCUUUUUAUUUCUCUACCGGAUCACCUACAAUACUGUCACGAACUCAUCACGGAUGCCUCCCUUUUUGAUUUUUGUCUUUUCCCUAAAUAAACAUCCUUUGUAAAUCCUG